GAUGCAUGCAGAGAUCUGCUAUGCUGAGUGCCUACUGCAAAAAGCCACGCUCACCUUUGUACAGGAUGAAAACAUGAUCAGCUUUAUCAAAGGAGGGAUCAAAAUACGCACAAGUUUUCAGAUUUACAAGGAAUGUCAGAAUAUUCUGAAUGUGACUCAGGACCAUAGCAGUGAAUCAUUCAGGCAGUUCGAAGGAGGAGUGAGACUGGGUAUCGGAUCCUUCAACCUGAUGCUGUCCCUCCUUCCUCAGAGGAUCCUCAGGUUGCUGGAAGUCAUCGGCUUCUCUGGCAACAGAGACUUUGGUCUGUCUCAGCUGAGAGAAGGAGCAGCUAGCCACGGUCUCAGAGCUGUCCUCAGUGUGUUAACGUUGCUGCUGUACCAUACCUACGUUACACUCAUACUGGGUACUGGAGAAGGAAACCUUGUAGAGGCAGAAGCCUUACUGGGACCUUACCUUGAGAAGUUCCCUAAUGGUUCUAUCAUUCUGUUUUAUUCUGCUCGGAUUGCUGUGCUCAGAGGAAACUUCGAGAAGGCCCAGUUAAAGUUUGAGGAGUGUAUCUUAGCCCAGUCUCAGUGGAGACAGAUUCACCACCUGUGUUACUGGGAGUUAAUGUGGAGUCACACCUUCACUCAGGACUGGCUGCAGGCAUACAGAUACGCUGACCUGCUCUGUAAGGAGAGUCGCUGGUCCAAGGCCAUAUAUGUCUACCAGAAGGCUGCUAUCCUCUCCAUGUUGCCUGAAGAGGAGCUCAAGAAGACUGGAGAGAACGUGGUCGAGCUGUUCAGGCAGGUAGAGGGGCUGAAGCAGAGACUAGCAGGGAAGUCCAUACCUACUGAGAAGUUUGCAGUGAGGAAAUCACGAAGAUACAACGCCAGAAACCCUGUUAAACUGGUGGUCCCAGCACUGGAGAUGAUGUACGUAUGGAAUGGUUUCACCAUUGUAGGGAAGAGAGCAGACACCACAGAGAGUCUCCUCAUCACCAUAGAGAAGACAGAGGAGGAGCUACGCAACGACCCCAGUCCGUCAGAGUACCACCCUGAUGACCAGUGUCUGGUUCAGAUGUUAAAAGGCCUCUGUCUUAAACACCUGGGAAGACUACUGCAGGCCGAGCUAUGCUUCACACAGGUUCUGUCCAGUGAGCGGAGAAUCAGAUUUGACCACUACCUGAUCCCCUUCACCCUGUAUGAGUUGGGUCUACUCUACAAACAACAGGGGGACUUCAUCAAGGCCACACGAUACAUAGAGAACGCCAAGUUGAACUACAAGGACUACUCCAUGGAGUCCAGGCUUCACUUCCGGAUCCACGCAGCUCUCAACAGUCUCAAGGGAUCGCCUGUCAGCACACCAUAACUACAGCCCAACUACAAUCAGACUACAACCGAUUUUACACCAAAACUACAAUCGAUUUGACACCAAAACUACAGCCCAACUACAAUCAGACUACAACCGAUUUUACACCAUAACUACAGCCCAACUACAAUCAGACUACAACCGAUUUUACACCAAAACUACAAUCGAUUUGACACCAAAACUACAAUCAGACUACAACCGAUUUUACACCAAAA